UAUUUACGAUAAUAUUUUCUUUUAUUUACACAAAGUAUAUUAUAUCGUUAUCCCUUGAUAUAAUAUCAAUAUUUACUCAGAAAUAAAGAAUGCAUUUAUGACAAUAAAGUAUCACAUAUAUUAUCAAUCAGUAGCUUUUAUCAUUCCAAAUGGAAUUAAAUUCUAAUACUCCCUCAAAAAUUUCUCUUGCUAUUUGUCAGGAAAUUCAAAGAUUUGAAAGCGUUCACCCAUCAAUUUACGCACUAUAUGAGUUGAUAGAUUUGAUUCCUGAUAAAUCCUUGCAUCAACAAAUUAGAGAUCAUGUAAUAUGCAUUGAAAGUUCAUUUGUUAAUAAUCAAGAGUGGACAUUACCUAGAAAUGUUAAAGAAUUCAAAAUAGGAUUGUUAGGAAAUGAUAUGUGUGGAAAAGCUGCUUUGGUGUAUAGAUAUUUAACUGGGCGAUAUACCCAAGAAGAUGGCUUAGAUGGUGGUAGAUACAAAAAAGAAGUUAAAUUAAAUGGCCAAAGUUAUCUUCUACUAUUAAGAGAUGAAGCAGGUCCACCUGAUCAACAAUUUUCAGAUUGGAUAGAUGCAGUGAUAUUUGUUUUUAGUGUGGAAAAUGAGAAUUCCUUUCAAACAGUUUACAACUAUUAUUCUAAACUUUCUUAUAUGAGAAAAUUAAUUGACAUUCCAGUAUUUUUGGUUGGCACUCAAGAUUAUGUAUCAGCCUCUAAUCGAGCCACCAUAGACGAAGCCAAAACCAAAAAGCUUUCCGACGACCUUCGUGCAUGCGCUUACUACGAAACUUGCUCAACCUACGGACUAGGCAUCGAUAAAAUGUUUCUCGAUGUCUGCGAAAAAAUCUUGGAAAGAGAUCAAUGGAAACUCAAAAAAUGCAUGAUGGCAACUCUGAAUAAUCCUAAUAUUACAAAAAGCCCUAUUCCUAAUUAUCCCCAAAAUCACUCGUCUCCUAAUUACAAUAAUGGGUUUCAAUCGGACAGUAACGUAUCUACAACGAAUCUUAAAAAAUUUUCAAAUAUCGCCACGGAUUCUCAAAACCAGCCAUCUUGUGUUUCUAGAAUAGAAUUUAAGAACGCGUUAGCACCCAUAAUUAGAUCUCAAGCCGAUAAAAUAUCUCAUCCUAAUAACUUUAAUGGCGGAAUACCAUAUCCUUCUAAUUCCAACCAUGAAUUACUCCAUCAUAUUCACGAAAGGGGCGACUCUACUGUAACUAAUAGUACUCCGAUAAAUGCUAAAUUCGGAAAAAUAGACGGAAACUCACAAAAUUGUUUCGUUAAACGAGAAGAUAGCCUCAACAUGUCUGCUAUAUUUAGCAAUCCAUCUAAUCCCAUUGGACUUUCGAGCCAGUCUAAUAUCAAAAAGACCAAAGGCAGUUUUGUGCCUCAAAACAAUGCCGAUAUCAUGGGUAUAGGACGGGUUAUACCUAUAAAACAAGGUUGGCUAUACAAAAAAAGUUCCAAAUCUCUCAACAAGGAAUGGAAGAAAAAAUAUGUCACUCUAAAUAACAAUGGCACUCUGGUUUAUCAUUCCAAUAUUCAGGAUUACAUGAACAACGAGAAUGGCAAAGAAAUAUCGCUUCUUCACACCACAGUUAAGGUGCCGGGUCAGCAUCAGCAACUACAAACUAUUCCUUCCUCAACAUCCUCUUCGUCUAUUUCAAACAAUGUCAACGCCAAUCAAAUCCAUUUAGACUUUAACAAAAUUUCCUUAGGCCAAAAUUCAUCGGUUUCCCAGAGUUUCAUCAAACGGCUCAACAGCAACAUUCAACAACAUUUGACCUCACAUUCGCAUUCCCCCGUUUCUAAUCACCCCCCAUCAUUGGGAUUAUUGGAAAGUAGCUUUUCAUCGAAAUCAAUCAACAACCAAAUGAAUCAAAUUGAUAAUCAAGCAGUUGAAACUGGGUCUAACAACGCCAAAGGAAACGUCGUAUGUAACAGCACACCCAUGUUGAAGAAGAAACAUCGACGGAACAAAAGCGGAGAAAACGGAGAAAAUUACGAUUUUAUAAUAGUAUCCUUAGACAACAAGCAAUGGCAUUUUGACGCCUCCAGUGCAGCGGAAAGACAAUCUUGGGUUCGUUGCGUCGAAGCCCAAAUCCUAAACUGGCUUUCUCAGGACCAUUCUCGCCAGGGACCUUUCAAUAACUUAUACAACCCUAAUAAUUCGGAAAUCUUAGCCUUGGACAGUGAUUUCGGUAGUGUGCAAGCUUUUAAUAAACUUAAGAGUGCGGAAAGCUUAGAGGCUAUCAAGAGUGGAGUUGCUGGUAACCUUUUUUGCGUGGACUGUGAAACACCAAACCCAGAAUGGGCAUCUCUCAACCUCGGAGCCUUGAUGUGCAUAGAAUGUAGCGGUAUACAUAGGAAUCUGGGAGUUCAUAUAAGCAAAAUACGUUCGCUACAAUUGGAUGAUUGGCCGCCCGAAUAUUUAGCCCUGAUGAAAAGCUUGGGAAACAGUAUAUGCAAUAGCGUUUACGAGCGGCAAGUCAAGGGUCGUUACAAACCAUCUCCUUCUAGCCCUAGGGAAGAAAAAGAAAGAUGGAUACGAUCAAAAUACGAGAAUAAAGAAUUCUUGCCUCCUCUCCUCUUUCCAGUUUUACUGAUAUCAGAACAUUUAAUCAAAGCCAUUAUAAAUCGAGACCUGCCCACCGUCCUUCUACUUCUAGCUCAUUCCUCCCAGCAAAUUUCAAAUUUAUCACCUCAUCAUCCUACCAGUAUCAUAAAUAAUUCUCCAAAUUCCAAAAACUCCGAUAAAAAUAACGUGAUAGUCAACAAAAAGUGCACUUUAAAUAAUCCAUCUUACUUGGGAAAGACCCCGCUACAUAUAGCUGCAAUGUGUGGUAACGUAGUUAUAACCCAGCUAUUGUUAUGGAAUGACGCUGAUCCCAACGCAAUAGAUAAAGAUGGUUUGACAGCUUUAGAUUUAGCAAGAAAAAUUGGAGCCAAUGACUGUAUUAACGUAUUAUCAAAGCGCAUGAAAUUAUCUACAAAUUAAAAUGGAAUAUAAAAGCAGUUACUCUAAAAGACGUUCUAAAUUCAAGAUUAUUAGUGCAAUACAGACUGACUUUCAUAUCCUUUUUUUUUUAAAUAUUACCAAAAUUCAUCAUUCAUGAACUUAUCAAACAUUAAUAAUUGUACGAUGAACUUUUUUUUUCUCAAUAAUUGUUAUUAUUGACGUGUCACAUAUUUCUUGUUAAAGACAUAAUAUGUAUUAUAUGCUAUUUUUUUUAUAAACAUAAUCUUUUUUUUAAAAACAUAAGUUAUAGACUAUAUUUAUUUUAUAUUUAACAAUAAAAAGUAUCCUUAGAGAUUGUUCUAUAUUAUAUAAUAUAAUAAGGCUUUUUUUAAAAAAUAAGUGAUAUAAAAUUCAGUUUUUUAACAUUGAAAAUAGACAACUAAAAUAUUUAUUUUUUUAAAUAAAAAAAUUAAUUAUCAUUAUCGCAUUUCCAAUCUCCUGUUGACAACGAACAACCCUCACGUACUUCUUCGACCAAACAAACCUAAAAAUGUGAGUCAUUAUAAUGGAGAUAACAUUUGUUAAUUUAAAGAAUUCUGGGGACUCGAAAUUGUAACCUAUAUAUUUAGACAAACUUUUCAUUAUAAUGGCGUGAACGUUAUAUGUAUUGUAUUUCAUUUCCCAUCGAAAAUUUAUAAAACU